AUGUUUCUCGAUCACAAGACACUGUACUACGACGUCGACCCCUUUCUCUUUUACGUCAUGUCGACCCGGAGCGACAAGGGCUGCCAUAUCGUAGGAUACUUCUCCAAAGAGAAGGAGAGUGCGGACGGAUACAACGUGGCUUGUAUCAUGACUCUGCCGCAGCACCAGAGGAAGGGAUACGGAAGGUUGCUGAUUCAGUUCUCAUACGAGCUAUCCAAGAUCGAAGGCAAGCUAGGAUCACCGGAAAAGCCGCUUUCAGAUCUGGGCCUCUUGAGUUAUCGCCAGUACUGGUCCGAAAACAUACUCGAUCUGCUGCUAGGCUACAACGAGCGAGACGACAGAGUGACGAUAGAGGUGAUUUCCAAAACUCUAGCCAUGAUGACUCAGGAUGUCGAACACACCCUGCAAGCAAUGAAUAUGCAAGUCUAUCACAAGAGCGACCACAAGAUCGUCAUCCCCGACAAGCUCAUCAAGCAAAGGGAGAAACAGAAGCAGAAGCAAAAAAGAUCUCUCGACCUGGCCAGGAUACAGUGGAAGCCGCCAGUGUUUACAGCCUGGAGCCGGACGUGGGGCUGGUAA